GUUUUUUUCUUAUUAGCUAUCAUUAAUACCUUUAAAAGCACAAGAAAAAAAACACCAGAAUUAUAGAAAAUAUGACUAUAUUAAACGUGAGGUCAGCAUUUUUUUCAUCAUUAGACAGACUACAAACUACAUCAGACCUGCAAAAAUCUUUCUUCCACAUCAAUAGAUGGCGAUGCUGACGAUGUUUGCUGUAACUGUUCUUCUUUGCCGAGCCGAAGAAGUGACAUGAUGACAGCCGUAAGCGAUGUUGCUGUUUCUAAAAUACAAUAAUGAUUUGUUUUUUAUGGCAAAAUUAUUCGGCAUUUAUUGCGAAUAACAAAAGCGUUUUUUUGGAAUACAUUUAUUUUUCGUAGUUCUUCGUCGCUUGCAUCUUUUACACACCGUGUAAUGUUUAUCUUUUAUUUGCGUUAGGACUCAAAGUCUUUGGGAUUAGCAAGUUUACGUUUCUGGUCAAGUUGUCUAAGCUAACAUGUCCAGACACAAGUCGAAAAAGCUCAUCAUUGAAGAUGAUGAGCCAAAGCAAGAUGAGCUGAAUCCAUUUUCGUUCAAGGAGUUUAUCCGAAACAAAAACCAGCCGUCAUGUUCCACAGAAGCCACAGAGCCUCCUGAAAGUGAACCCGACGAGACAUGGAUUGAAAGCCACCAACGGUCAGCCAUUGAAGGUUCUCCUGACUUUGAACUAUGUGGGGCAUCAGACAUCAGUGCUUACUCUGAGCAGUCAUCUCUGUGCAGUGAUGAGAGAGAAGCGGCUGAAUGGGAACUGGGUCAGUCUGACUUCCUGCCAAAAAAGCACUUAUCCAGAAUCAGCACUGGAAGCUAUGAGGGGGAUGAAGAGACUUCAGUGAUUGAUAUUUCCUUCCAUCAUAAGAGAGGCAAUGCUGAAAAUGGCACAAAGAAUCUCCAGCAGCUCAGAGAAGAAAAUUCCCUUCUCAGAAAGCAAGUCAAAGAGCUAGUUAGAAUGUCGGAAACUGACUCUAGAAGGAUUAAACAACUCACAGAUGAGAUGCACAAUAAGAAGUUACAGGAAGAGAAAGAGGCAAAUGAUUUGGAAGCAAUGGUGCAGUCGGUAGAACAAAAUCUUCAGCUAAUGACGAAGCGGGCAGUAAAGGCUGAAAAUAAUAUUUCAAAAUUGAAACAAGAGAUGCUAAAACUCCAGGGCCAGCUUGAAGACUAUAAAAGUGAAAACGAAAGGCUGAGACUUGGAGAAACGGCAGCCUUAGCCACAAUGAGACACAAUGCGCAAGUGGCCUCUGAAUACCUCAACAAAGCAGCUCAAGAUGCAGAGAUCUCCAUCAAGCAGUUGCUGACUGGAAGAGAGACUUUCUGUUUAGUGUCUCAGUUAUUGUCAUCCAUUGACAAGAUCACUGAGAUUCAUGACUGAUGUGAAAAGUUUCCCCAACAUGCAAACAUCAUGUUUUUUUACACUAUAGAAUCACUGUACUGUGGUAUUCCACUAUUUGUUUCAUUCAUCUUCAUUGAUAUCAUGUUUAGAUAUUAUGAUUUUAUGACCAAAUUAAGCUCUAUAUUAUGAGCUUAAUCACACAGAUACUUCAGUAUGUCAAAUAGUGCCUUGAAUUCUGUCAUGAAAAUCAAAAGAUUUAUGAUAAAUGAUUUUUCAAAAACUUUUUGCACUUUUGUCUAAACAGUGAGUGAAGUUAAUCCUUUCUUUAGAUCUUUCUUUACACAUUAUUUGGAAGAUUUUGUUGAGUUUGAUGUAUGUAACACAUUUUUUAUAUUUUAUUUCUGCGUUGUUAAGUAAAAUCUUUGUUUAUUUUAAACAAAUUUAACUAAUCAACACUUGAUAAAGUGCCUUAUAUUGAUGAUGCCCUUCUCUUUAUUGACCCAAUAAAGAUGUUUGUUUUAA